AUGGAUGAUUUAUGGGCAGAAGCUGAUUAUAUUGCUAUUUGUAAUAACAUUGUACGAGAUAAAUCUCUCAGCAGCACACAAACCAUCGAGCGACUUCAGUGUGUUCUUCGUCACCUUGAUAGCUUAAAAAAAACUAACCCCAAGUAUGGAGAGAUCUUUCAACGAGCGUGUAACAUGCUGAUGUAUGUCUAUAUUAAUCAAUGUCAUGAUCUCUCAUCAGCCAAACUUGUUUUUGAGGGAAUGGUCAACGCAAAGGGAGUUCAAUUAACAGAAGUCUCCUUAACAACGCUUAUCACGGGUAUUGUUCGAUUAGGGACACGUGCAGAUCUCUAUUCCUUCCUGAAUUCACUUCGAAAACGUAAUUUGCUCUUAGAGACAGAGUUCGUUUAUAUACGUAUCAUGUCCGCUUUACGACAUUUUAAGGACGUAAGAGGCUGUAGUUUUUAUUUUGCAGAAAUGUUGGAAAAGGGACUUGAAUCUAUCCAAGCUUACCGCUUUAUGAUGACACUCUAUCGAAAGGACCAACAACCAGAGAUGAUUAUUAAAUUAUAUAAGCAAAUGCGAAAGAAGGGUCUGUUAACAAAGCCAGAUGCAAGUAUCUACGGUCUUGUCAUAGAUGCACUUAAUCAAAGGCCGAAUAAGACAAAAGACCAACAACAAAAACUAUUUGAUGAAUUACGGAAUUAUUGGAUAGCAACAAUGUCAGAAUCAACAGCACCAACAGGUGAAAAUGAAACCAAUCCACGUAUGAUUAUCUAUUUGUUAAUGGAUUGGGACCCAUUAACGGCUCUUCAAGACAUGAAGCAAUUCACUCAACCUGUUACUCAAGAUUUUAAUGAAGGAUUAUCCGCUUAUGUAAAACAAAAUCAAUUUGAUAAAGCACUUCAUCUUCUCAAGAAUAUGAAUAAAGAGAAAGUGAAGAUGGACGCCUACAGCUAUUCUAUAUUACUAGAUGCCCUUGCUAAGGAUGUCAAUACUCCAACUGAUUCUGUUUUCCAAUUAUACGAUGAAAUGAUAGAGAAUGGUAUUAAGCCUGAUACUAUUGUUUUUACAUCCCUUUUAACAGCAUGUAAUCGAGCUCGUGAUUUUCCCAAGGCCCUAUCUGUAUUAGAAGAAAUGGAAAAAGUAGAUGUAAAGCCAAAUAUUUAUACCUAUAAUUCUGUAUUUAAUGUCAUGGCUUCACAUGCUCAUAUCACUUGGAAUAGUGCCAAAAAAGUAUGGGAAGAAAUGUUAGCCAUUGGAAUCAAGCCUGAUACCCGAACUUUUAACAUCUAUCUAUCUAUCUUGGCUAACCUCAUGAAGCAAUCCCCAUCACAAUCACAACAUCAACAAAAGCUUAUAUUAGAUGUAUAUCGACAGAUGAAAUAUAACACUAAAAGUGAGCCUGAUUAUUUAAGUUAUACAAUUGUGAUGAAUGCACUUGCAAAUGCAGGUCUCUUGAGAGCAGCGAUGCAAGUCUAUAAUGAUACAAAGCUAGAAAGAGUAGCUUUACCUGUAUCAGCCUAUAAUACAUUAAUGAGUGCAUUACAAAAGGGGGGUCAAGUAUCUGAGGCUAUGUAUGUUUGGCAUGAUAUGAAGAUUCGAGGCGUUUUACCCGACAAUGUGUCGUAUGAAAUUGCAUUAGAAGGAUGUGAACAAUUAGGAUUGACAGAAACCAUUCAAAAGAUACGAGAGCAAAGAAGUAAAGCCAAAAAUGCCCGUACCAAACGUUUCUUGAAGAAUCGUGAAGCCAAAGUCAAUGAAAAUCCCAAGACAUCUUUAUUUGUACGUGGAUCAACAACUAGUCAAGUAGUCAAUGAUGCUUUAAAAGAUUUGUAUGCUUUAAAACGUCCUAAUGCCAUUCAUUUCACUAAAAAGAACGAACUUAAACCUUUCGAAGAUGAAGAAAAACUUGAAUUCUUUUCUCAAAAGAACGAUUCAGCUCAUCUUAUCGUUGGUUCUCAUUCUAAAAAAAGACCCCACAAUGUUACAUUCAUUCGUAUGUUUAAUCAUCAAUUAUUGGAUAUGUAUGAAUUUGGACUUGAGAAUGCUAAAUCAUUAAGUUCCAUCCCUGGAGCUAAAUGUUCAUUAGGUUUAAAACCAUUGAUGGUCUUUAAUGGCGAACGUUUCGAUUCUGAAGAAAAAUAUAAAUAUAUCAAAAACUUUUUCUUAGAUUUUUUUAAUGGUGAAGAGACAAGUGCAAUUAACUUAGCAGGACUUGAACAUGUUAUUAGUUUAACAGCUGUACCUGAUAGUGAACGUAUUCUUUUACGUACUUAUUCAAUUCAAAUGAAAAAGAGUGGACUCAAGACUCCACAUGUGUGGAAUGCAGCUUGUAAGAAAGCCAAGACAGCAAAGGCAAAGAAGGUUAAGAAUAUUGAAGUGGAUGAGAUGGGUGAUAAAUAUGGUCGUAUUCAUCUUGGUAAACAAGACUUUAAUAAGAUUCAAACAAGAAAGAUGAAGGGUUUAAAGAAAAGAGGUGCAGAUGAAGAAGAAGAAGAAGAGGUAGCAAAAAGACAAAAAGUGGAUGACGAAGAAUAA